GUAUAAUCCCUAGACUCCUUCGCUCCAAACUCGGGAUUCUUUAUUCUAGCCGUACGCUAUAUUCUAUUAGCGCAUUCACUUCCUUGACCGGCGCGAUAUGGUGGAAGCAAAUCGGGCUUUGAUGAAUUUUGCGAGGACAUCUGGAUUCACGCUUGCUAAAGGACUACGGCGACAGCCGAUCGUAUUCUCGCCUCUGUAUCCUCCUCGUACCUACCAGGCCGGCCGGAAAUACGCUAGGUUUUCUACUAUGGCGGAUCUGCCGCAGAAACGGCUUCAACGACCGGCGGUCUUCGUCUGCGAUAUGCAGGAGAAGUUUCGCUCCGCAAUCUGGUCGUUUGACUUGAUCCUCCAGACAACGCAGAAAGUCCUACGCGCAGCCCAGAUCCUCGGCAUACCCGUCAUCGUGACGACGCAGAAUGGCGCAAAGCUCGGGCCUACCGUCUCCGAGCUUCAGGAGUUGACGGCGGGUGCUGUAGUUGACGCAGAUAAGACGGCCUUUAGUAUGUUACGCGUCCCGGAAAUAGCAUCUCGCUUCCCGCACGCCGAUCCAACGGGAGCCAAUGGGCCCCUACCCAGCGAAGUCGCCAUCGUAGGCAUCGAGACGCACAUCUGCGUCACGCAGACCGCUCUGGACUUGCUCGAACGCGGGCACAAGGUAUACGUGCUGGCCGACGGCGUCAGCAGCUGCAACCAGAUGGACGCGCGGGUAGCGUUCGCACGGCUGCGGGCUGCGGGGGCGGUGGUGACGACUAGCGAAAGCUGGCUUUACGAGUGCAUGGGGGAUGCGGGGAUCCCUGAAUUUAGGGAGGUGGCGAAGUUGGUGAAGGAGACGGGGCCGGGGAUGAAGGAGGUGUUGAAGGGGUUGAUGAGUAACUUGUAGAUGGAUGGGAAAGUCGUGGUAUGAAUUAUUAAUGUAAUUUUGGGGGGAUUGGGCUUGUCUAAGGGGCGAAUACGAGAUAUGUGCGUUGCCCUUGUUUUGGUCUCGGGUAUGAGAUACUUUAGGUAGGCUUACGGGUAUAAGGCCGUGAUAUUUAUUAAUGCCUUUAAAUGACGCCUUAGAGGGGUUUGAUAUUCUAGAUGGAGCUGCAUCCUAAAAGCAUGUGAAGGCAUCUAAAUACGCCCUCAAUAUUUCCUUUUGUUUUGAGCAGGACUAACAAGGGACUCAUAAUAGACAUGGCAUUCAUAA